CUGUGCAUGGACCACCCUCUACUGUUCUCCUAGUGGACAGUGUUUGCUUGUGCCAUAGCUGUAUGCAGGAACUUCAUUCUCAAUGACAGCAAAGACAGAGGGAGACUGAGGGUGAGAGGAGGAGAAUGGAGAGCAUGAACCUGCAUAGGAAACACAACUGAGACACCAAGCUGGGUUUUACCUGCACCUCCUGGACCACUGACUGAACUCGCUGACACAGAUCUUUAGCUUGUUUGGUGAUAAAGAGAGGAGGAACCAUGGGACCUAAAACAUGGAGCAUAUUUAUUCUGUUUGGUCUGUCUUUCUGGGGCAACAGCCAAGCCUUCAAAAGGAACCCCAUCCUCUCCCGGAUACGAAGGGCUCCAGAGGCCAAUGGAGAAAGCAAGAAGUGCUCCUACACCUUCCUGGUCCCUGAGCAGAAGAUCACAGGACCCAUCUGUGCUGCCCGCGGUUAUUCAACCGACAAGGACCGAGUGACACGCCUGGAUGUGGCUGCGGUGCGCGACCUCCUGUCGAAGCAGCGUAGGGAGAUGGAAACUUUGAAGCUGGUGGUGGAUGUGGAUGGCAACUUGGUGAAUGAGAUGAAGCUGUUGAGGAAAGAGAGCAGGAACAUGAACUCCAGAGUAACCCAGCUGUACAUGCAGCUGCUGCACGAGAUCAUCAGGAAGAGGGACAACUCACUGGAGCUGGCGCAGCUGGAGACAAGAAUCCUCAACGCCACCACAGAGUCACUGCGCCUGGCAUCCCGGUACAGGGAACUAGAGGCCAAAUACGCAGCCCUGUCUGCAGUAGUGAACAACCAGUCCGUGCUGAUUGGAGCACUGGAGGAGCGUUGUAUGCAGGUGUACAGCCGCGGGCAUGACCAGUCACCCUUGGGACCUCCACUUGUGCAGGUAGUGCCUGAGAACAUUCCUGUUAAUGUGCCACGAUUCACCAAUGAGAUCCAGAGGGACAACACCCGAGGCUUUGCCCGAGAAAGGGGCUCGCGCUCUGGGCCGUCUCCCACAGGUGGCACCCUGGAAGUUCAGAAACCUCCAAAUAGAAACUUCAGUGCUGAAGGCUCGUUCAGGGACUGUCUCGCAGCGCAGGAAGCUGGCCAUAGCACCAGCGGCAUGUACCUGAUCAGACCAGAUGAAGCAGAGAGGCCUGUUCAGGCCUGGUGUGAACAGGAUAUAGACAACGGGGGCUGGACUGUUAUCCAGAGCAGGCGAGAUGGAUCCGUUAACUUCUUCAGGAACUGGGAUAACUACAAGAGCGGCUUUGGUAACAUAGACGGGGAAUACUGGCUCGGUCUGGAAGGCAUCUACAACCUAGGGAGGCAGGGGGACUACAAGCUGCUCGUGGAGCUGGAGGACUGGAUGAACAAGAAGGUCUACGCUCAGUACAGCAGCUUCCAUCUAGAGCCUGAGAGCGAGGGUUACCGCCUGCGUCUGGGCACCUACCAGGGCAACGCCGGCGACUCUCUGAGCAGCCACAACGGAAAACAGUUCACCACUCUGGAUCGAGACAAGGAUGCAUUCUCAGGUAACUGUGCCCAUUUCCAUAAAGGAGGCUGGUGGUACAACGCUUGCGGCCAAGCCAAUCUUAACGGUGUCUGGUACACCGGAGGCGUCUACCGCAGCAAAUUCCAAGAUGGGAUGUUCUGGGCCGACUACGGCGGAGGCUUCUAUUCUAUGAAGUCUGUACGUAUGCUGAUCAGGCCCAUAGACUGAGGAGAUACUGUAAGCCAGGCUGGUCCAGGGGCAGCUAUGGAGGCCAGGGCAAACUUGAAAUGUGACUGUAAGUCAUCAGCAACUGGUUGAUCCUUGAUAAAAGAACUACACCAAUGGAGUUUACCAACUAUCAGUAGUGACUUGAACUGCCUCCUGUAACAGAUAUGGACUCUGCGUGAACAUUGUUCAUCUUUAUAUGGUAAUAGAUGCACACAUAGAGGGAUUUAGGGGACAUGACUAUUUAAAGCCAUACAGCUCCUUUAACCACCCAAUACAUAUUAUGGUAAAGGGAAAUUAAGAGUUUUGCAGCUAAAUAAUGCAAGCUGUCUAUCUGAUUAAGAGACCGCAGUGUUUCCGUCAUUAGUAAGUCACCCCGUGGAGACGAGGCACCACAUCCUGACAGAACUUCAUUGGUAUUUAAUUCAUAAGCUUCUGCAUCACAGGAUCUAAAUGUAGCUCUUCCUACCUCGCCAAGAUAAACAUGUGAUGGAAACACUCAUACAUGUUAUUUAACUUGUGCUAUAGUUGUUGGGAGUUGGAAAAUACAUUUUGUUUAUACCUAUAUAAAUUUAUUUAGAGUCUGUAUCCACUUUAAGAUCUGAAAAAACUAACACCUCAAGGAGUUAGAGAAAGAGGUGGUUUAACUACUGUACGUGUUUUAUGUACUUUCGUUACACAAACAGUAUUGGUUUAAUUUUUUUUCCCCUACACUUAAAAUGACCUUUAUAAUGUAUGUUAAACUACUUUGUCCAAGUGCAGAUGACCAGAAAUUAUAAUUUAUGUAUACAAUUAACUUAUCAUAACAGUGAAAAGGGCCAGGUGUCCAGAGGGAACAGUAAAUGAUCCUACAGCAAAAGAAGAAAAAAGAACUAAUUUCCUCCACUGUAUAAAUGACAAUCAUUCUCAAAGUGUGCUUGCACGUAUGGCAAUUGCUGUAAUAUGUUUUUCUCAUUUGGCUGUUGAUUAAAUUUCAGUAUGACUCUGAGAAAAACAAGCAUUGUUGGGGCAAAAAAAAAGUUUGAAUUACGUUGUGUUUUUAGUGGUUUUCAAGCACGGAAAAAUAUGCCGACCAAGUGUGUUGAGAGUUAUAGGCAAUGGGACAGACAACGAGAAACACAUUGCUGAAAGCCAGACAGGCUGAAGAAAGAAAAAGAGAGGAGGGAGGGGAGUGGGAUGAACUGGGAUGGAAUCGGUCCAAAUUUCCAAGUUAUCCCCCCCCUUUUUCCUUUUAAAUACAGAGAAAUUUACAUUCUUUCCACACAAAAGUGCUUGAACUGUAUGUUUUCGUAAAAUAUCUUUCAUUGACAAAGUCACGGGUGCCUGCACUCUUUAAUCACCGGUAUGGAAGGAAAGCACCAUCCUUUUGGGGAAACCAUACCAGAGUAGAGGGGAGCCAAAGUUGUUUUUUUUUAUUGGUUGGUCUUUGAACAACAGUGGUGCAUCCAACAGCCUUUGGUCUCUGAGCCGAAAAUAGACCCUCAUAUUGAGCUGUUUUUUCUUUUUGACCACAAUGGCCCUCACACCCAUCUCUUUAACAAACUUUUAUAAAGCAACAAAACACAAAGCAGUGAGACCAGUCAAACCCAGUUGGACAUGGAAACAUGUUUAUGAACAUGUAAAAAAACUAACAGCGUCCAAUAAAAACAACAUCAUAAUGUUAAAAUGAAACGGCAAAAAAAAACUGAAACCAAUGAGUCACAAUACUUGGCAGAACAAUAUUACACAACUAAUAGCCAAUAAACAGAGAACAUUUAGAUUUCAA